AAACUAUCUAGCAUCAAAUUAGAUCACCCCACAUAAUCCAUUUAAAAAGAAACAGUAUACAAAACCAAUUUUAGGUAAUCAAGAAAGGACAUACUAUUAACCCCCAAGUAGUGCUAUAGUAUGUAUACGAGUGUUGAUUAAACAAAACUACAAAAGCGUGUAUCCAAAGGCAGGCCAAGUCAAGUGUAUAUAUAAUAUAGCUGAGGUUGGAUAGAAAAGGCAGAUGAAAAGCAGUAGUUAACACUUAACAGUGAAUGAGAAUAAAAGGAUGAUGAUGAUGAGGAUGAUGAGUGAAGCUGCAGAUAAUGAGAUGAAGAAGGUGGUGGCGCCGCCUGCAUGGCUUCGAGGUCUUAUGUCGGAGAAUUUCUUCGCUUGUUGUGGGGCCCACCAAAGUUUCCGGUCGAAAAACGAAAAGAAUAUCUACUGCUUGAUUUGCUGCCUCAGCUUUUGCCAUCACUGUCUCGCUUCUCAUCAUCCCUCCCAUCCUCUUAUCCAGGUGAGAAGAUAUCUGUACCAAGACGUCAUUAGAUUGGACGACCUCGAAAAGUUCAUUGAUUGUUCAUUUAUUCAGCCCUACACAAUAAAUGGUGCCAAAGUGAUAUUCUUGAAUGAGAGAGCACAAUCCAGAGGCUCUUGCAAAGGCUCCUCUGGCAAUCCAUGCUCCACCUGUCACAGAUUUCUUCAGAACUCUUUUCAUUUCUGCUCCCUCUCUUGCAAGGUGUAUCACAUGUUGUAUCAAGGGGAAGAGCUAUCGAGCAUUACGUGGAGGUUUGAUGAAUCCGACUUCUCCAUCUCUCAAUUGGACGGCCUCCGAGCAGAUGUCUCGUCUGAUGAUACACCGAACUCCAUUUUUGAGGACCCACUUGAAUACGGAGGGUCGAAUUUCGAAACGGGUAGCUCAGGAUCCCGAACAAUGCAAAAGGAUUCAUAUAAUAGAAGGAGAUUUAUGAUGUCAUUAAGCAGCAGAAGAAAAAGUACUCCUCAAAGGUCUCCACUUUCUUAAAUUAUUGCAUCAUCAACUAUUUUCCACAUUAGGAACUUUUACUAUGAGUAAAUAGUUAUUUAGCAAGUCUGUACUUUAAUUGAUUUCUUCUAAUGGCGUUAUUAUAUGAACACCUAAUAUGCAAUAUACUAUAUAUAUUAGUAAAACGGAAAAUAUGGUGAUAGGGAGUUUGUAACAGGGAAUGCAACUAUUAUAAGCUCUCUUACCACCAAUUUUGUUCCGUUGACUGGAUAUUUGACCCAGCAUAUAUAAAUGUACUGUUGUAUGAUACACUGAUUUAUGUAUAUGCUAUGUUUCAUUUUCAUAAUUGAAGUGUAUUUUUAUCGAUUAUUAUUUUGAAAAUGC